CUUCUCUUGCUAUUCUUGCAUCCUCCUUUCCUUCUGCACAGCUUUGAAACAGUCGACGUCACUUCUCUCGCGCUGUUUGACUUGCUUCCUAUUGUUUUAGGCUUCUUAAGGCCUAUGAACCACUGUGAAGCAGUUUGCAUUUGUGGGCUUGCUCGUUUUUCGUCAGUCCACUUUGCAGCUGUAGCGCGACACUCCCUCUCCAGCGCCUUUCAGCCUAUGCCGGCUUGUGCUUUGGACCUCGACAUCGCUAUGGAAUAGGAUUCUGGCAGUUCAGGAGCGUUGCCGUGGAGUUGGCAACAUUUUGCUUGUCGGCAUUUUAACAUCUCGGCGAGCACCACACUUCACCAGCUUGGAGCAGGCGGCGUAUCAACCUUUGUGGUUGGUCAUUUGCAUCCGCGCGUGCAGCAGGGUGCCUUGGGUGUGGCGGUCGGGGGAGCCCUGCAGCACUUGGCUGUUUUUUCGGGGUGUGGCUCAUCUUCGUGCCCUUGUUGCCUGGCGCCUGGUUGCCUGGCGCCCGCCCUGCUGUGAUGCCCUGUGAGUGCUGAUCUUGGGCAGCUAUGCAGUUGCUGGGUGAUCCUGGUCGGUUCCGCCUGGUGUCUCAGCGCAGCCAAGACACCAGGGGCCAACACCAGCCAUACAGCACACCCGCACACGGCGCGGCCACAGCAGCACACGCCGUGCCGUGUGGGGGGCCUGCGUUUGGGCGUCGCCGCCCACUGCCGGACUUGGCAGCGGACAGCACCCCUGCAGGUGGGGGCAACACUGCCAGCCCGUUCUUCAGCCCCGGGCUGCAGCUCCACCUUGCCCUGUCCACGCAUAGCCUGGCACACGGCGUGCAGGACCUGACGACUCAGCCCCUGGGCCCCAGCCUGCCUACCUAUCCAGUCCUUCUGGUGGGUGCCACCACGGGGCUCCCAGAGGGCGAGCAGCUGUCCUCAGCUGGCGUCCGGGAAGUGACCAGUGCUGCCCUGUCAGUGCUGGACACCAUGUGCAGGCAGGGCAACCAGCCGCAGCUCUUGCAGGGCCACUCUCUGCACAGCACAGGCCGCCCCUCCCGCACGUUUGCGGGGCUGGCCUUCAGCCGGCGCGCGACCAGCGCCAGCAAAGCGGCCUUCACAGCGGAGCUCAUGCGCAAGUCGCCGCUGGCGGUACCGCUCCAGCGCGGUCAGGCUGUCCUCACGGUUCACGUGCCAGUGGACACCCGGCCCAUCAUUCCGGGCACCUACACCGUCACGGUCAAGAUGGUAGGGGGCCCUGUGUGGGGGGCUUUCCGCGGUCGCACCGAUUUGGUGCUGCAGGCGGGUGGCUAUCCCACCACCUCGGACCCCUCUAACCUGGCGUGUGCUUAUGUGGUCUCAGAGCAGUGCGCCAAAUCGGUGGGCCCCAAGGGGGAGCCCCAGGCCCCCGCAGGCCAGGGCAUCACCAACCACAUCUUUGCCUGUGUGCGGGGCCCAGUCUGGGACCCGCAGCUCUCUCACCUGCACUGUGCCAAGUUUGAGAUGCCCGGUGAGGAGCCCAUGCAGGUUGAGGUCCGUGGCGCCCCCCAGGCGGCUGGGACGGCCACGACAGCUGCGGCAGGCAGCCCUGCUCCGGCUGCAGCUGGGGUCGCCGACCUGGGUGGCAACACCUUGGGUGUGGCGAGGCCCGCGGCUGCCAUGUCGACCGCAGCGGACGUUGUUGACCACGUGGGGGACGUGCAGAUGCAGGAGGCGGCGGGUUUGGGUGACGUGGCGGCUGCAGCUGGUGGCGCCAGCGGGCCACACAGCGGGGCCCCGCCCCCGCUGCCAGUUCUGGUGGCGGGGGAAAGCAACCGUGCUGCUGCGGCUGCACUGCGGGCCGCACUGCAGCAGCAGCCCUCUUCGCAGCAGCGGGUGACAGCGAGAGGGCUUAGCGGGGUCCGGCCGGCGGCAGGCGUGGGGGGGCCGCCGGCGGCCAGGGCUCGCCCUGCCGGUGCUGGGCCGGCUGGCGUGCAGCAGCAGCACAGUGGAACCCCCGCGCCACGGCCGGCCUUGGAUCAGCAGGCAGCCGCCGGGCAGGAUCAGGAGCAGACCGCUGCGAUGCAGCGGUACUUGGCCGAGCUGGCGGACCUCAAUCUCCAGCGGCAACGGCGGUUACAGCAACAGCAGCAGCAGGAGCUGCAGCACCAGGGGCAGUCGCCCAGGCCCCGGACCGGCUCCCAGGUUGUGGUCCUGGCCACGCUGGGGGGUGUGCUGCAGCAUCGCAAGCCGCGGCACCUGUGGACCUUUGAAGAGCGGGCGGCGUACGAUGCAGCAUCACCAGGGGACCGGGCGGGGGCGUGGCCUCGGGCGCCGUACUUCCUGGCGCCGGAGGCUGGGGUGGUGGUGCACCCGGAGCACUGCCGGAUUGCGGGUGUCAGCUUGGCGGACUACACGGUGCGGGACGUGCGGCGGGCCAUCACCGCGGCUAACCCGGCCGCACCUCCGGCUCCGGCCCGCCCUGCAGCCAUGCCGUGCCCAGCGCCAGCACAGCAGGCGGGGGGUUCGGGGACCCAGCCGGCGGCACAGUCGCGGCUGGUGGAGCGGGAGGCGGAGUGGCAGCGUGCAGCGGCGCAGCUGACCACCACGGCGGCGCAGCAUUUCCACAAUAACCCGGUGGCUCUGGACCCCUGGCUUCACCGCACCUCUGCGGCAGCCGCGCUGCAGAACACGCCGGCGAGAGAACUGCAGUCGUAUGCGUCCCCGUCCCAGCAGUCAGGUGAGGGGCCGCGGCGGUCCGCGCGGCUGCAGAAGCAGGCGGCGGGCGGGGCGGGACCUAGCACUGGGCCUGCCACGGCGGCGGCCGCAGCAGUGGCGGCGGUGGAGGGCGACCCUCGCAUGCCGCCCCCGGAUGCGUCCCUUCUGCGGGCUUAUGCGCAGGCGAGGACGUGGCUGCAGCAGCUGUGGGCCUGCGUUGCGCCCCAGGCAGCGGCGCCGCCAGUGACGGACGCGGGCUUCAUGCUGGGGGACCGCAUGGGUAUGUGGGCCUCAGGCCCGCGGGGGGCGGGCGCGCUGCUGUGGAGCACUUUGCGGGCCACCUUCUUGUACGCCGUCUGGUGUGCGUACUGGUCCCGCGAGCCUGCUAAGCAGACGUCGGAGCAUGUGGUUCGGGAGGUGGUCAGCGAGCUGCGCAGGGUGAUGCAGCUGCGUUUCACUGCCGCCACGCUAACCCCUGAAACCCUGUCGGCUCUGCCCACACAGCUCCUCACCGCACAGCUCAAGGCGGCUAAGCUGGAGCACUUUGUUGCCAUCUGGUCGGCGGGUGGCGCGCUUUGUGAAGUGGAGGAGGUUCAGGAUGUGCAGGGGCAUGAGUGGGCGCAGCUGGGCCACGACGCGCUUGGUGGCCGCCUCCUCGCCUACCUCCGUGACCAGGGCGCCACCGUACCGGACUGGGCCGUCUGCCGCGUGCCGGCAGGCCGUACCGCCGUCCUGGAACAGCUGCGCGACGAGUUCACUGGCUGGUGGCGCCUAUACUCAGCCCAGUCUGCAGACACGCCCCUGCCUUUCGACGUGACGGAGCAGCUGGAUGACGCCGCGCAGCAGGUGCAGACGGCCUACAUGGACUACGUGCUCCUAGACGCCCGCACCCUGCGGUCCGCUAAGCGUGGGCCGGUGGACCCCGGCGGGGCCAGCGGGCCCAGCGGGCCCAGCCGCCGGCAACGCCAGCACCGCAGCCGCAGUACCUCCAGCCUCAUGAGCCUGGGCAGCGCUCCGUUGCACCCCGGCGGCGCCAGCUCAGUGAAUGUCAACGGCCUGGGCUCGCCGUUCAAGGCGCGGGCGCUGGUCUCACACCUGCAGCAAGUUGGGGCGGAUGUGGCGAUGGUGCAGGAGACCCACGCUACUGACACGACCGCGCUGGAGUCUUGCCUUCGUGCCGCGCAGGGGGCGUGCCUUCCGUGGCGCCACUGCCUUGCUGCCAGCCCGGCAGCGUCGCCCCACUCCUGUGGGACGGCUGUCCUGGCGCGGAGUCGGCUGUCCCUUCCGGGCUGCGUACUGCAGCCGCCGUCAACGGAUGCGGCGGGCCGUGUGGUAUGUUGGGAUUGGGACGUGGGUCACCUGCGCCUGCGCUUCGUGUGUGUGUAUGCGCCCACGGCCGUGGCGGACAAGCCUGCUUUCUUUGCCGGGCUGCAUCCCCACCUGGCCACGGACAGGGUGCUUGUUGUCGGUGGGGACUGGAACUGUGUCACCGAUGCCAGUCAGGAGGCGGCCCCUAGCCCAUCACGUGCUGCAGGUGCCCCGCAACUUGCCAGCCUCCUCGCCCAGUUCAGUCUGGUGGACCCUUGGGCGAGCAAGCGUGGCGGCGCCAAGGGCUACACGCAUCCGGCCACGCCCAAGCCGGCCUCUCCCGCACGCCUGGAUCGGUGGUAUGUCAGUGCCACCGCGGCGCCGUGGGUGGUGGAUGUCGCACGCACGUAUGGGGCGCCUGGGGACCACAACGGUGUGCUGCUCACCCUGUCCUUGCCCGACCUGCCACAUGCGCACCGGGAGCAGUGGCGCUUCCUCACGUACCUGCUGUUUCACCCCUCGCUGCGUUUGGAGCUCCAGCAGCGCUUGGAGGCGCACGUUGCCGCAAAUCCCGUGACCAGUACAGGUGAUGGCGCUUGCACGCAAUGGGAGGCGGACAAGUUCUUCUUGCGGGAGGCCGCCACCAGCAUCCACCGUCGGCAUGCACGCCAGACCCGGGACGGGCUGCAUGGCGUGGUGCUGGCCGCGGACACGGCCGCUGCCCUGGCCGACCGGCCGGGUGCCAGCGCCGCGCAGCGUCAGGCUGCGGCCAUGGCCAACUUGGCGGUGCGGGAGGAGCGGGCAGCUGCCGCAGCGGCCAGCCACAAUGCCCGCGCUGCACUGAUGGAGGAGCAUGGGGAGCGGGGCACUCGCUGGUUCCAUCGGCAGGCUGACGAGCCAGCAGCCGGCGCGCAGGAGCCCAUCACGCACUUGAAGGUGCCGGGGCAACCGGCGCCGGUGGCGCUCACGGGGCCGGGCACGCGCAACACUGUCUCCGCCGCCGCCGCAGCCAUGUACAGCAGCACCAGCCCCACCGGCCUGUUCCGCGUGCAGCCGGUCUGUACGGCGUCGCAGCAACAGCUUCUGGCGGCCAUUGACCGCAAGGUUCCGGCGGAUCUGCACGCCGCCGCAGAGGGGGCCGGUGACGGCGCCCUCAGUGAUGCCGAGCUGAUGGCAGCGCUGGCUGGCUCCGCCAAUGGUAAAGCGCCUGGGUCGGACGGGGUCCCGUACGAGGUGUACAAGGUUUUCUGGGCGCUGCUGGGUCCGCGCUUGUGUGCUGCUGCUGCCGCUGCCUUUGCUGCCGCCGCAGACGCCCACGAUGGCGGUGAAAUGGCGGCAGCGCUGCCCGCCUCCUGGCGGGAGGGCAUCAUCACCCUCAUCUACAAGGGCAAAAGCCUGGACCGCGCCGAGCUGGCGUCCUACCGGCCCAUCACGCUGCUCAACUGCGACUUCAAGAUGGUGUCCAAGGCCGUCAGCGCCCGCCUGCAGCCCGCCCUGGAUGCAGUUGUGCGCCUGAUCGAAUGGAUGCGCCUGGACGUGGGCGCGGACGGCACGCCACGGCAGGGUGGUGCGCUGUACUUCUUGGACAUUGAAAAGGCGUAUGACCGGGUGCACCGGCAGUGGCUGUAUGCGUCCGCGGAGGGACUUGGGUUUGGGCCGCGCAUGCUGCGCUGGAUCCGCCUGCUCACUGCCAACGGCUCUGGCCGCGUGCGUGUGAACGGGAUGCUCUCUGACGCCUUCCCAGUGCUGAACGGCUUGCCGCAGGGCAGCACCGCCUCACCACCCCUGUGGGUCAUCCAGAUGCAGCCACUGACGUCCUUUCUGCGGCGGCAGGUGGAGCAAGGGGCACUGCGCACGCCCCUGUUACCCAGCGGCGAGCAGGCGCCACCGGCUGCCCACCACGCUGACGACACGACCCUCACGGCGCGCGACCCGGCGGUGGACGGGCCGGUCCUGAUGGCGGCAGUACAGCUGUUCUGCCGCGCGUCCAACGCCCGUGUCCAUCCGGACAAGAGCAAGGCCAUGGGCCUUGGCAGGUUUGCGCACCUGACGGGCCCUUGCCCACACACGGGGGCGCCGUUUACCACUGGCGCCGUCACGCACCUGGGUGUGCCCCUGUCAUGGGACUCGGAUGCGGCUGCAGCUGACUUGUACACCCGGCGGGCUCGCGGCAUGGCGUUUGUGGCGCGUCUGUGGGCUGCCCUGUCUCUGACUCUCGUUGGCCGUGUGCACAUUGCGAAGCAGGUGCUGGCGGCGAAGCUGGCCUACCACUUCAGCUUCCUUAACCCGUCGCCUGCGCAGCUGAAGGAACUCACCGACCUGGUGGACCACUUUGCUGCGCGCUCCAUGCACGCUGAGGACGCCAGCCUGGUGUCGCACGGGAACCCGCUCCUGCUGCCAAAGCGGGAAACGGCCUGUCUGCCGUACAAGGACGGGGGUGUCAACCACGUCGACCUGCCUGCGUUCCUGUCUGCCCUGCAAGCUAAGACUUUCGCCCUCCUUGCCCAGCCAGGCCGGCAACCCUGGAAGAUGCUCACCCGGGCGCUGCUUACCCAUGUGCGCCCGGACUCCGCCACCACGUGGGCGUGGGUGUACAGCGACGCGCCGGCGCCAGCGGGGCUGCCUGCCCGGCUGGCGGCCGCGGUCGGCCACGUGCGGAGCGCGGGUGUGGAACAGCAUCCGCCGCAGCCAGCCACUCAGCCGCCAGCGCCGCCGCCACAGUGGCGGGUUAGCCUGGACCAGCUGUGGGUGGCUAACGCUGCGGGGGCUGUGUCCUACGUCCACUACACGGGGCGGCUCUUGGAGCCUGGGCCUGGCGUGCUGCCCCCGGCGGUGGAUGGGGCGUGGCAGCCUGCCUGUGUGCUGCAGCAUCGCAAGCCGCGGCACCUGUGGACCUUUGAAGAGCGGGCGGCGUACGAUGCAGCAUCACCAGGGGACCGGGCGGGGGCGUGGCCUCGGGCGCCGUACUUCCUGGCGCCGGAGGCUGGGGUGGUGGUGCACCCGGAGCACUGCCGGAUUGCGGGUGUCAGCUUGGCGGACUACACGGUGCGGGACGUGCGGCGGGCCAUCACCGCGGCUAACCCGGCCGCACCUCCGGCUCCGGCACGCCCUGCAGCCAUGCCGUGCCCAGCGCCAGCACAGCAGGCGGGGGGUUCGGGGACACAGCCGGCGGCACAGUCGCGGCUGGUGGAGCGGGAGGCGGAGUGGCAGCGUGCAGCGGUGGAUGGGGCGUGGCAGCCUGCCUGUGUGCUGCAGCAUCGCAAGCCGCGGCACCUGUGGACCUUUGAAGAGCGGGCGGCGUACGAUGCAGCAUCACCAGGGGACCGGGCGGGGGCGUGGCCUCGGGCGCCGUACUUCCUGGCGCCGGAGGCUGGGGUGGUGGUGCACCCGGAGCACUGCCGGAUUGCGGGUGUCAGCUUGGCGGACUACACGGUGCGGGACGUGCGGCGGGCCAUCACCGCGGCUAACCCGGCCGCACCUCCGGCUCCGGCACGCCCUGCAGCCAUGCCGUGCCCAGCGCCAGCACAGCAGGCGGAGGGUUCGGGGACCCAGCCGGCGGCACAGUCGCGGCUGGUGGAGCGGGAGGCGGAGUGGCAGCGUGCAGCGGCGCAGCUGACCACCACGGCGGCGCAGCAUUUCCACAAUAACCCGGUGGCUCUGGACCCCUGGCUCCACCGCACCUCUGCGGCAGCCGGGCUGCAGAACACGCCGCUUCUCACCGCACAGCUCAAGGCGGCUAAGCUGGAGCACUUUGUUGCCAUCUGGACGGCGGGUGGCGCGCUUUGUGAAGUGGAGGAGGUUCAGGCUCUGGCUGGCGUCGCAGCGCCUGGGCGGCUGUGGGCCUUCCUGCACAGCGCGUCUUGCAGCGGGCUGGAGCCCGCUUAGUCAGCGCCACAUCUGGCCCGUUUAGUUUUCUGCUUGUGUCUCCUCUGCCGGCUCUCCUGGGGUGUUGCUUAAGCAACCGACUUGUGGGGGUGGGGUGGGUUUGGGCGGGGCGAGUGCGUAGCGCUGGUGUUUCCUUUUCUGGUGCGCGGUGGUGGUGGUUCUUGCGGUUGGCUGUGGUGUAGGUUGGUGCUUGGGUUAGGUCUGGCGGUGUUUUUGUGCAACCCCUCCCGGGGGGCGGGGGGGCCAGCCUCCUGCUCUGUCUGCCGGGUCGGGGUGGGGUGGGGUGGGAUGGGUGGGGGUGGUUGUUGGCGGUUUUCGAGGUGUUUGCUUUCUGUUUUUCUUCUCUUUUCUUCUCUUCUUGCCCUGUCAGGGUUCUGGUCUCGGGGACCAGGCUGUCUUCAGGCAGCAGGGGGGCAGCGCGUCUGCCCCUGUUCAACCUUGUAAGGAUGAUUCCUC